UGGGUGUAUGCAACCAUGGCCAGAGGCCACUGUAUCCCAUCUGUUCCCUCCUUCUCCAGCUAUGACCGCCACACCUUGGCGGCUAUCGUGGUGGGCGUGGGGCGCCUCAUCACUGGCAUGGACCGAGGCCUCAUGGGCAUGUGUGUCAACGAGCGGCGACGCCUUGUUGUGCCUCCGCACCUGGGCUAUGGCAGCAUCGGCGUGGCGGGGCUCAUUCCCCCGGACGCCACCCUCUACUUUGACGUGGUCCUGCUGGAUGUGUGGAACAAGGCGGACACUGUGCAGGUGAGCACCUUGCUGCGCCCACCUCACUGCCCCCGCAUGGUCCAGGACAGUGACUUUGUCCGCUACCACUACAACGGCACGCUGCUGGAUGGCACCGCCUUUGACAACAGCUACAGUAAGGGCGGCACUUAUGACACCUACGUGGGCUCUGGAUGGCUGAUUAAGGGCAUGGACCAGGGGCUGCUGGGCAUGUGUCCAGGAGAGAGAAGGAAGAUCACCAUCCCUCCAUUCCUGGCCUAUGGCGAGAAAGGCUAUGGUGAGGGCAGCCAGGAGUUUAGGGAUUCUCUAGAAGCAGGCUGCCAUAUACAGUUGCUCAGGCUGUGUACUGUACAAGGACAUCUAGCCCAGGAGGCCUCCCUGGUCUUCCAUGUCCUGCUGAUUGACGUCCACAACCCAAAGGACACCAUCCAGCUGGAGACGCUGGAGCUGCCGCCUGGCUGCGUCCGGAGAGCCGUAGCCGGGGACUUCAUGCGUUACCACUACAACGGCUCCCUGAUGGAUGGCACCCUCUUUGAUUCCAGCUACUCCCGCAACCACACCUACAAUACCUAUGUGGGGCAGGGUUACAUCAUCCCCGGCAUGGACCAGGGGCUACAGGGCUCGUGCAUGGGGGAGCGCCGGAGGAUCACCAUCCCCCCCCACCUCGCCUACGGGGAGAACGGGACUGGAGACAAGAUCCCUGGCUCCGCUGUGCUGAUCUUUGAUGUCCACGUCAUCGACUUCCACAACCCUGCGGAUCCAGUGGAAAUCAAGACACUGUCCCGGCCCGCCGAGACUUGCAACGAGACGGCCAAGCCUGGGGACUUUGUCCGCUACCACUAUAACUGCUCUCUGCUGGAUGGCACCAGGCUCUUCUCCUCCCAUGACUAUGGGGCCCCUCAGGAGGCGACUCUGGGGGCCAACAAGGUGAUCCAAGGCCUGGACAUCGGCCUGCAGGACAUGUGUGUUGGGGAGAGGCGGCAAAUCGUGGUCCCCCCACACCUGGCACACGGAGAGAGCGGAGCCCGGGGGGUCCCUGGCAGUGCGGUGCUGCUGUUUGAGGUGGAGCUGGUGUCCCGAGAGGAUGGGCUGCCCACAGGCUACCUGUUUGUGUGGCACGAGGACCCUCCUGCCAACUUGUUUGAAGACUUGGACCUCAACAAGGAUGGCGAGGUCCCCCUGGAGGAGUUCUCCACCUUCAUCAAGGCUCAAGUCAGUGAAGGCAAAGGACGUCUCCUGCCUGGCCAGGACCCUGAGAAAACCAUAGGAGACAUGUUCCAGAAUCAGGACCGCAACCAGGACGGCAAGAUCACGGGGGAGGAGCUCAAGCUGAAGUCGGAUGAAGAUGGGGAGCGGGUCCAUGAGGAGCUCUGAAAGGCCAGAGGCCUGGGCCCCAAGGCAAAGGCGCAUGUCUGUGGGGACAGUCACCCUCUCCCCUGCUGGGAUGAGGUCUGGAAGCCUCUAAAAAGUGGCCAGAGGGUACAGCUCUGGUCUUCCCACUGCCUGAGAGUAAAAUCACAGCACAGACCUCUAUUUGAUUUUUCUCUUUCAACCCCAAACCCCUUCCUUAAAAGUUUUGCAAUUACAAGGUCAAUCUGGGGAUGGCUGGCGUCUGCGGGUUGGCUGGGAUCAUCACCGACCCCUCACCCAGACCUUCACUCCAUGGCAGCAGACACUGAGCAGGGCCGAGCUCAUCAUUUCUUAAUUUCCCCAAACUCCCCCUUUGUCUGUACUUUCCCCCACCAUCUCCACCCACCCCCUGCCUCCAGCCCCCAGUACUCUGUCAGCUCCCCAGGAGCACGCUCUCCUCCCUUGGCUCUGGCUGGUUCCUAGGGAAGGGGGUGGUUUCAGGAUGGCAGCCCUACC